GCCUUCGCAGAUGGGAGGGGGAAGGCCUUGCUGUAAUCCCCCGCUUUAUUGUAGUUGUUCGCACAUUUCGAAAUCCUCGAACAAUCUCCAAUAGUACUACCCUGUUGCACAUCGUCCCCCCGGCCCCGUUCAACUCGGAUAGAGCAACCUGUGGUCGCAAGAAUCCGUUGAUUGACCUACUUAUUCGCCUGGAUCUUCAAAUCACACUAUGUCUAUAUCUCAUCGAAACGCAGAGACGACAGGCUUGACCCAUACCUUGCUGGCAUUCUCCUCUCGUUCUGUACGAAACACGACUAUCUCUCUUUCUUCCUCCACAUCCAGCUCCAACUCUCCAACCCCUCUCUACGUUACUGAGACCCCGGGGAAAUUCGGUGAUCCACCUAACACGAUAUACAAGGUCAGCAGCGACGGAAAAAAGGAACAUGUUGCUACCUUGAUUUGGAGAACGUUUCGAAAGGAUCAGAUUAUCAUUGGUGGAGAGACAAAGGAGUUGAGGCAAGUUUUGCCUAUGAAAGGAUUCUUUUGCAGAUAUACGAUGCCUACGCUGACAGGAGAUUGGGUGUGGAAAACUACAUGCGAUAGGCCCGAGCUCUUCAACGCUUCAGGCAAAUCCAUGGCAAGUUAUUACAAGAUUUUCAGAAACGAGAAGAAGAAUAAACCCCCUGCAGAGAUGGCUGUAGCGCCAGAGGCGAUGACCAUGCUUGACAUGGUGAUCAUCGGUCUCCUUUGCUCUCGUCAAGCCAUAAGAAGAUCGAGACGUAGACGAAGUUCGGGGUAAUCGUGUGCCUUGAAUGGUUUUCAUGCCAGAGUCUAACCGAGAACGCAUGCCUGCCAUCCCACAUCGAGACCUUCUGACAGUCCAUGAUCCUAUUUGGUUCUAGUACGUUGUUCGCCCGCUUCUCGUCGCAAUGUAUGUAUUUGUAUAUGUCAGCCAUGUACUGAGUGAGUUUCAUAGCAGUCACCAUUUCGCGGACUGGUGUCUGUCGAAACUCAUCUGGUAUGUCUCAUUUUCAGCGGGGUCCACCGCCACCGCAUACAUUCUUGCUGGCCAAAGAUACGGGAUACGAGUAAUAGCGCCUCAUGGGCAG